AUGGACGACAUCGAGAUCCAGAGACUACCGCUGAACACAGCACCAACAGCGAGACUGAACGCCUACAAUCGACAUGCCUUGGCUCCCUGGAUAGGCGAGACAGGCUAUCUCACCCCGGCGUAUCUUCAUCGCAGGGAGCAAGAGCGCAUUCCGUUCAACAUGGCGCGUUGGCUGAGUGCCGAGAUCUCGAAGCACAUGCUACACGAACCGACCAGAACCCUAAGACUUAACAAGUCACAGAUCACGAGGCUGCUAAAAGUCGCGGCGAAGAGCGACUACUCAACCUCAAAGGCAUCACAGUAUCUCCACGAGCUUCAACUCAUCGCGUUCUCAUCCCCACCAUUGCCAAAAUCUCGCGAGGGAUACUUCAUCCGUCUCAGCGAGAGCAGUCCGAAAGAUGUCGAUGACGGCAACCUCCAACCGGUACACACCAAGACCGAGGCAUUUCUGAAGACUGUCUGCUCGAAGCGCGCGGUGCAAGCACUGCUGACUCUGCACGCAAACGAUGAGAAUGAUGCGAUCGACAACGUGCUCUACUUCUUCCCAUACCACACCACCCUCGACCGCCUCAGCGAGUGGCGCUGCUACAUCCACUCAAACGAAGUCGUCGUCAUAAGCCAAAGCCGAUUCUACCAAGCUCAUCAUCCUGGGGUGGAGGAUGGCAGCCUGCGAGAGAUGGUGCAGCAGAUCAGAGCACUUUGGCAUGAAAUUGGCCCUACUCAGGGGUUCACAGAAUGCCUCCUGGACGUAUAUGCAGAAGUACACAAGCCCGACUUUCAGGUCAAGCUGAUUGAGGUCAACCCCUACGGCCCACAUUGCGGAAGUGAAAGUCUGCUAUUCCACUGGGUCGACGAUGCGGCAAUUCUCCUGCCAGAUGCAGAACCGACUAAGACGAUACUGCGACUUGUCGACCCGGAAAGCGACUCUACCCACAAGCUCGGCCGCAAAGAAGCAUACGAGAUCGGCCGCGCCGACAUAAUUCAGGAUGAAUUCAAUAUCACACUGAACCGCGGCCUCGGGUGGAUACUGCUACCCCACGAGCAUCGCCGCUUCAUGCGCCUCAAAGUCCCAGGACAAGACUUCGUGACGAGGAAAGAAAGACUGGAGCGCUUCCGUGAUGGCUACGAAGGGUCGUGGGCGGAGAGGAAGACACAGCCUCUGUAUAACGUACCACCAGAGGACCAUCCGCGGCUCAAGAAGCUUCAGAAAGCGUGCGUGGAGUGGCAAGAUUAUAUGACGGAUCCGGAGGUGAAUUAUGGAGCUGGGGCGGAUGAAGUCAUGUAUCAUACCUUGUAUCAGAGCCUUGGAGGCUUUAGAGUGGCGUACCUUCGAAUGGAGUAA